AUGUCUGGAUUCGAGGCUUUGUCGAUGGUCUGCAGCAUUAUGCAGGUCAUCUCGUUUACCAAAGAAGUUUUGACCCUCUGCAAAGAUGUUUAUGAUGGCCGCCCGACAACUGACCGCCAGAUGGAGGAAAACACAGCAUCUAUCCAGGUUCUAUUGGAUGAUAUGAAACGCCGUUCUAGCCAUAUGCAACAGCAGACCAAAGACGAAAAAGAACUUUACGCAAUUGCUCAGAAAUGUAGCAAAGCCGCGCAAGAGCUGCAAAAAGAGAUACAACAAGUCACCAAGCAUCAUAAGCCUGGAGACACUUUGCGAGCAAUAAUCGCCGGAUAUAAAUCUAAAAGUCAUAAAAGAAAGAUUUCGAGUCUUUAUGAACAAUUUUGCCAAUACCAAAAAACGUUGGAGACGCAUAUAUUAGUUCGUUUAUGUACAAAAUCCGAUGCUAUUGAACUUCAACGGCACGAGGAUUUUACAACGCUUUCGGAUACUAUGAAAUAUUUCAUCUCCCAGCUUGCGACAGGUCACACAGAAAUGGCGAAUCUCAUGGCACGUGAUGGCGACCAGACAAGACAACAUAUACAACAAUCCGAAGCACGCGUGAAACACCUAAAAUAUGAGUCUAUGAAUUCCCGGCAGACUGAGCUUAAACCUGCUCACGAAGCAACCUAUGUUUCGAUAUUCGAGUCACUUGAUAGAGAUGAAAAGUUGGAUGACGCGUCACGAAUAUUCUGGAUUCAGGGAAAGCCCGGGGCGGGCAAAAGCACGCUUAUGAAGUUUCUUCUUCAGCAUAAAAACACACAGAGAGGAGUUGAUAAAUGGAGUCCCAAUACUUUAAUUGUUUCACACUUCUUCUGGAAGCCAGGAAAUAUCCUACAAAAGAAUCUAAGGGGCCUUCUAUGUUCUUUGAUCUACCAGCUGCUGUCCGCCAACUAUGACUUUCUUGACCACGUCCUGUCAGAAUUUCUGCUCGUUACAAACAAAGACCAUAUAGGAGACUGGGAAAUCUCAGAGUUGCAAUCCAUAUUCCUUUCCAUUUUGCUACAGUGCAAACGAUCGAUUUUUUUUCUUAUCGAUGGCCUUGAUGAAGCGACUGAGACUGAGGAAAUACUUCAAUUUCUUGACUCUUUUAUUGGUCUACAAAAUAUCAAGAUUUGCAUGUCCAGCCGGAGUGAAGAUAUCUUUUUGGAAAAGUUCUCCAAGUAUGACGGAUUCAAACUUCACGAAUUGACCAAGGAUGAUAUGCUACAGUUCGCAUCGAAAUUAAGACGCCUGCUUGUCCAGAAAGCCGAGGGAGUAUAUCUUUGGCUCAUUUUAGCCCUUGAGAGUGUUAAAAGAGGACUUCGGAACAACGAUGAGCAACAUGAAUUACACUUACGCUUAUCAAAGCUACCAUCUAGACUUGAGGAGCUCUAUGCAGAUAUCCUCCUCAUCAAGAAUCAGUCUCUAUGUGAACAGUACAAAAAGGCUCAUGAUUCACACAACAUGCAAUAUUAUAGUUGGGACCUGACUCCAUUCCAACUCAUGCUCACCACAAAUGAGAAAAUUAAAGAAAAUAUGCUGAAUAAAGCAUAUCAUUUAUCAAUUUCGGAAAUAUGCAAUAAGUGCGCGGAUACAGUGAAGUACAUUUCUAUCAGAACUGCUGGCCUUCUUAGCAUCACUCAACCCGUCUGGGAAGUCGACGACGACUUUUGGAUGGAUAUCAACCCGGUUUCUGUGGCAAUAAAAGAAGAAUUUUCACAGCUGAGUGAAUACAUUACAACAAGUGUGAACUUUAUUCACCGAACUGUAUUGGACUUUUUCAAGGAAUCCGAAGUUGGAAAAACCAUCUUGGCUCAAAGUAAGGCGCAGAGCACCGGUCUAGAGCUCGGAACCACAAUGCUCUGCCAACUUCGGACUAUACAACAAUUUGGAAAGUUGCAUGCUGAUCAGAUACUCAUAAAAUGUAAUACGCCACUACAUUACUUUUGCUCGACAUUGGCUCAACUACUAGCAGAAAAUUCUGCUUUGAAGAACAUGGCGAUUAUGCAUCUUCUGAAUGCCUCCAAUGAUUUAUUUGAAUCUGGUCUUUUACAAUGGGACUGUCGGCCAAAGUGGUAUCCUCGUCCAAGUUUUGAUUUGCUGCUCAUCAACAACCCAGUCGUCAAAGAGUUCAUGCACUCGCGUGUAAAGGGAAAAGGGGUACCUCACGCUACGUGCCUUCUUCGAGAGUCCCUACUUACUCGAGAAGACAACUGCCGGUCUGGUCUAUAUUAUGAUGAUGCGCAGGAAUCGAUUCUGUCUUUUUAUGGCGAUGUGGAUUCUGCUGGCAUAUGCUUGUACAAUUUACCUAAGCCUAUGAACGAUAUUGGAACGACACUAUGUGCAAAUAUAACCCUCAAAUUUGCAACAUAUGAAUCUAUCAUGAGCUUGGCUAUAAAAAGGAAUGUUGAUAUCCUUGCUGAUAUCACCAUUGAUACUGACUAUGAUGAGAUUACUCAUGCCUUUACGAUUACUCCUACGCAAAUUGAGCACUACUUUGAACAAUGCGAGAGAGUUGAGGUGUCUGAGUUGUCUACUCUUGCGGAUGAGAAGUUGGGAAUAUGUCGUCUUGAAGACAUGGGGUAUCAAACUUCCCAGCUGAACCCCAAGUAUUAG